AUGUCUAAAGUGGUUCACUGGUUAAUUGCAGCGCGGAUUAACUUGAAGUCUCAUCGCCUUAGGGUUUUGUUCCUUAUUCGCCUUUUUCCCCUUUCCCUUAUACUCUCAAACCAAAACACACAGCCAUCCUCUCCACUGUCCAGCCACUCAUCUACCAUUAUCACUACCACUCAUCCACCAUCUCCACUCUCUGAUCUCCAAUCGCCGGAGCUGAGCAGUCACGCAGCCGCAGCCCCAUCAGCCUUCCCUCAAUCACUCUCUUCAGCUUUCAGGGAAAUCGAUGGAAGUGAAAAUGCAAAUAGUCGUGAAAGAACUUCAAGGGCUCUGUUAAGAAACAAUGAUAGAGAAGAAUCCUUUAGAAUCAGUCUAAUGGGUCUGGCAUCACAUUAUCGACUUCUCACAUCAGAUCGUCGUCUAUGAAAAAAAAAGUUUUUGGGAUGUUUUAGACUCAUGUCAAAAAAGGAAUAAAGAUUUAAGGAUCGAAUACGACGAAGAUUAAGGGGACGCAAGACCUAUUGGGUUUUUAUAUUUUUUUUAUAUGUCGUUUACAAUUCGUUUUGUGAUUCUAUUUUUUUCAAAUGUAAUUUUGUAUAAAAAAAAUUUAUGGUCGUAAAUAUUACAGCUUUGUGAAA